GACAGUAGACUUGCAGCAAUAGUACCUAUAUAAAGAAGCUUAGUUCAGACAGCUCAGCUGACAGCUGUCAGACUGGCAGCAAGAAAAUAGAAAAAGCUAAAAAGACAAAAAAAAAACCUGAAAAUUGUGCAUAGAUGUAUUAUUCUAUCUUCAAAGGAGGAAUAUUUAUUUAUUUGUGUCUUCAAAUCGGUGUUCUCGAGGAAGCCACAUUACAUACAAAAGUACACUUCAUUGUUUAUAUUUCUUUAUUAAACUUAGAUUACAGUAAUUGAGAAAUACAAUGCAUUCUUCAAGUUUAACAACAAGUAACUCGCAGUGUGAUUCUUCAAGCUCAUAUGAUGGCACGUAAGCAAAUUCAGAUUUCGUCGAAUAAUGACUACACAGAUUUACAAAACCAAGUAGUGGCCAACUUGGAGAAGCCAAACACUGCUAAUGUGAAUAUCCCAGAAAGAAUCAUAAUUUGUUUAGACAUUUGUUGUGAUAACAAUUCACUGUUUCAUUUGGCUGACGGGACGACAUUCACGCCUAUAAACAUGAUGAAACGCGUACUGGACUUUUUUGUACAUACCAAACUUGCAAUUAACAAAAAAACACAAUUUGCUAUAAUGUUUUUAGAACAAGAUGCCAUUUGGAAGUUAGAUUUUACUUCAAAUGUAAAGAACAUUUUCACUGUGAUUGAUUUUGUUACUGCUGAAGAAAAUACUGCAGAUUCUUUUGAUUUCAAUGGAGUGUUUCAACUUUUAAAAGAGAAAGCUGAAGUUCCUGAAUAUAAGCAAGGGGAGUCUGUAUUGGUACCACCAUAUGUAGUGCGCUUGCUUUUACUUUAUGGCAGAUCCAACUGUAUGCCUUAUAUUCCUCAAGACAACCCUUACUUCCAGUUUUUGAAGAAGCAACCAUAUUUUAAUAUUGACAUACUAUAUGCCCAUGAAAGUGACUGUGCUUCUCAUAAAUGUGCAGAAAUAUUUGAUUCUCUGCAGUAUCUAGACAAUGGAUAUUCUUAUGUUUAUGAAGUUUUAAGAAAUGCUGCAAAAAUCCAUGACUGUGCUGCAAAGUUGUUAGCUCAUCCUCUACAGAGGGUGCUUCAGAAGAACACAGACUAUAGUUUUGCCAAAACUCCUUCAAUAUCAUAAUCAAAAAUAAAAAGUCAAGUAAAUUUUGUUGUAUUUAUUCAGCUCUUUAAAAGGUUUAACAGGACUGGUACAAAAAGGAAAAGAAACUAAGGCUAUUAUUACAUACAUGGUAGUUUCAAAUACCUAGUCGUUUAAAUAUGUACUUUCCAAUUCUGGAUGAUCACUCAAAGUAUUCAUGACUUUCUCAUGUAUGUACAUUUUGGAAAAGCAUAAAAUAUGUUAAGAUUGGUAGUAACUACCUCAUUAGAUAAGUUUAUCCUAUACAUGUGGCUGUAUUAAAAUAUUUUAAUAUCAUAAUGUAACUCCAGCCACAACAAUCCAUGCUAUUCUUAAGUUCAAUCAAAAGGUAUUCUAAAUUCCGGCACAGCCAACUUUUUAAUUCUGUUCUUACCAAUAAUGUUUUAAUUAAAAUUUAUAAUACUUUAUGUCACCUAACAAUAUGUCUAAGGUUAUGAUAUUAUGUAGGAGUCUAAUCAAAACAUUUGUCCAAAGUAAAUUGCUGACAUGGAUACCACAUUGAGCAGUGCACUGCACACUGGGAACUCAUCAGAAGCACAUGCUUAAUUAGUUCUUUCACGAUUUAUAUAUUCCCUAUUAGACCAAUAUCCACCAGUUUGUGAAAUGUUUUAACAUUAUAUUCGCUUACUGUACACCUUACAUUAUAUUGCAGUGAUGAAUGCUGAUAUAUAUGCUUCUGAUGAUUUUAAUACUUAUUUAACAAAAGUUGAUUGAAUUCACAACACAAGCUACUGCAACAAAAUUUAUACAUUUAGUUUAAGACUUCCUUAAACACAUUUGGACAUAAUACAUUUAAUAAUUCACA